GAGGGGGGUGUGUGGGGGUCAAAGAUACGCAGAGAAACGGGCUGCUGGUGGUGAAGAUGGCGGAUGGGGACAGUGGCAGUGAGCGCGGUGGCAGCAGCGGCGGCGGAGGGGGAGGAGGUGGCGGAUUUCAGCAUUACCAGCGGGAACCGGAGACCCAGGAACUGGCCUCGAAGCGGCUGGACAUUCAGAACAAACGCUUCUACCUGGAUGUAAAGCAGAACGCCAAAGGCCGGUUCAUCAAAAUCGCCGAGGUCGGCGCCGGGGGCUCGAAAAGUCGGCUGACCCUCUCGAUGUCAGUUGCGGCAGAGUUCCGCGACUACCUGGGGGAUUUCAUAGAGCACUACGCCCAGCUCGGGCCUAGCACCCCGGAGCAGAUCGCUCAAUCAUCCGGUGGGGAUGACACCGGGCCUAGACGGGCCUUGAAGAGCGAGUUCCUGGUGCGUGAGAACCGAAAAUACUACCUCGACUUGAAGGAGAACCAGCGGGGUCGGUUUCUCCGGAUCCGGCAGACCGUCAACCGAGGCCCCGGUUUCGGAGCUGGGGUGGGUGGCAUCCCCGGGGCUGGCCUACAGGCCGGACAAACCAUCGCACUCCCGGCCCAGGGGUUGAUAGAGUUCCGCGACGCCUUGGCCAAGUUGAUAGACGACUACGGGGGAGACGAGGAGGAGCUGGCCGGCGGCGGAGGGGCCGGGGGCUACAGCGAGCUUCCGGAGGGCACCUCGAUCAUGGUGGACUCCAAGCGGUUCUUCUUUGACGUGGGGUCCAACAAGUACGGAGUUUUCUUGCGGGUGAGUGAAGUGAAGCCCAGUUACAGAAACUCUAUAACAAUCCCCUUCAAGGCGUGGAGCAAGUUCGGGGGAGCGUUCAGCCGCUACGCCGAGGAAAUGAAAGAGAUCCAGGAGCGGCACCGGGAUAAGAUGUACGAGAGGAGAGCCGGAGAGGAGUCAGAGGGCGACGACGUGGACGACGACUGAUGGAGAGGAGGCUAACGUUACAUGUGAUAAAUGCUACAACAUGAUGCAAAAGCCUGGCGAUAAACAGAGAGAGAGAGGAGCGACUAUUCUGUGCAUGACGAAUCCAACUUUAAAAUGCUAAAUCAACGGAGUUUAAAAAAAAAAGUAUAUUUGACUGAGAAAUUACUGUCUAUAUAAGAGAAUCAUGUCCUAAAGUUUAGGUGGAUGUUAUAGCUUAAUGAGUGCGGACUGCAGUAGCCAGCUCCUGUAUGAGAUUCCCCAUUGAUAUAAAAUUUUUUGAAAUAUAUAUCUAUAUACAUCUAUAUAUAUAAAUAUAUAUUGAUUUUCUAUUUGAUAACCUCACAUGUAGCCCAGCAAAUUAAGUUUGACAGUGCUCAAGAUACACCACUUCCUGCUUGAUAUCCAAUGGUAAGAGCUCACCUGGCGCUGACCUGUAGUCUGUGUGAUGAUAAUAAGGAAGUGUACAACGUGUGACAUACUCAUACCAGCAGGUGCAGAGUGGGAGUGAGACAGAGCGCCUGCGUUACUCACCAUGGCUGUGUGUGUGUGUGUUUUUGUCGAAAAUGACCUGUAUCGAACAGCUCGCCCGGACAGACCCACAGCACCCAGAGCCACGAUCUCAGCUAUAGGGGGCAUCUCUGGCACCGCAGGACAUCUGCUCAGCCCAGUGAGGGCCCAUAAGGUGAUCUGUUACAAGCACAUGACUCAUUUGGAUUCCCAGGAUGAUCCAAAUGAGUCCAAAUGACCCUCCCCGCCCCAUUUCUCCCCGUCUCUUCUCCCUCCUGGGCAUCACUCAGGUGCUGACCCCCCUCCCCGCUCUGAUAGCUGAAACGUGGUCGUGUGUGGCUUGUUUUGUCUCAGGGUAGGCAAGGGCCAUCUGUAUUUUGGGGUAUAUCAGCACUACCUGUGCCUGUGCAUCAUCCUCAGAGAGGUUCUGGGUGCAGUUCUGGUCAGCCAGUUGCUGCAGCAGAGACGUCUGUGGCAACUGAUGAUGUCUCAUAUGAUGCAGGCCCAUGUUUGACCCCUGUGACCUUUUUGUUAACAGGGACACGGUGAGCUCAGGCCUCGAGCACUGGUCACAAUUUUUCAAGUCAAAGCUUAAUAUUGCCGGGCUCGAGCUACGGUCGCAAGGGAAUCGACCUUGUUGACUUAUUUGGGGUGCGCCAUUUGGAUCCUUUAAUCUUGAACUCAGACCAUUUAUGACUGAAGCAUUAUUCAGUCUGAUUGUAAGAAAAAUUAGGUGCUUUUGGAAAACAAAACCCACAGUGGGGUGCUGUACCUUAAGGAGAAAAAAAUAUAAAAAAAUAUAUAUACUGGAAGAGAUUUACUUACUAAAAAGAUCAACUAUAGAUAGAAUUAUUUUUCAAAAGAGAUAUAUUGAAAUAUGUCUUAGAAUAAUGAGACAUUUAUUAGAUAAUGCUGCCUAAAGUGGCUUAUUUAAAACACUAAACUUGGAUGCAACUGUCCAGGGUGAUAUUUCAUACCUGCUUUUUUUCCUAACAUUUCUUUUAUUCCUUAGAGGAAAUUAAGAAGAGUACAACAAAAUGAUAACAAAGUAUGUUAUAGCAAUUUCUAGAAACAACUUCAUUGAAGUAGUUUGUCAGCAAACACUCAGCACUCCAGUUCACUUUACAUAGCAUCGAAUUGUCCCCUCGUUUCAGUCCACCCGUUUUACCAUUUUUUGUCACAAAUUGGCUCUCCAUCAGUUGCCAUACGACGCAAACAUAAACACCUGCAAUCAUCGACAUUUUGUCUUUAGUGCUCCUUUUAAAAAUAUAAUAAUUUUUGCAUGCGUGCUCUUGCGCAGAGCUGCCUUGUGUUCUUUUCUUUUGCAUACUCUGAUUGCUGUAUGAUGGUAUUUAUCCAUUUUUUUUUUUUGAGAGCGGUUUCAAGUUUUAUUUCUUGCAAUGGAGAAAAAAGUUAAAAGUUUACUUCUUAGCCUAAUAAAAAAAAAAGCCACAAAGUUCCCGUGCUUUGGGGAAUGUCACUUUCAUUGUCCCACUUCCUUUGGUGUGUAAACCUCUCGUUGAAUUUUACUUUACCCACUUCAACACAGCAGAGAAAUGCCAUAUGAAAAAAAAUAAACACAUGGGAGCAAUAGUUUUUUUCUUUUUCUAUUGAUAUAAAUAUACUAUAUAUAAUAUUACACAUGAGAUUGAACUACAUCCUUCUUCCUGUACUGUGUUACGUGAAAUGGCAGCUGUUUCAGUCAUGUGUGUUCUGCUGUAAUAUUCUACCAAGUUACUUUCAACGAGAAAUAAAAAAGGUUUUGCUCAGGA